GAGCUGUAACCGAGGACGAAAUAUCUUACAUCGCGAGUACGUUGCAACCGAGGGAAUGUCUCAGUUUGUUGUACCUGUUGCAUCACGGAUACAAAAAGAGACGAAGAAGGAAUUCUGAAAUCAAGAUCACGGAAGUUAGACCAAGAUCCGCUCAAAUAACUCCCUGCGAAACGAUGCUAUUAAAUUAUUGGCGAGAUCCCAGCACCAGAAAUCACAGAGACUUUUCCCGCGUAUCGAGGACUCUUCGUCAAGUGAAAAGACAAGACUUGGCAAGGUGGUUGUGCGGUGGAAGACCGUCGUGCUUUUCCAGAGACGGUGAUUACAAUGGAACAAAUGACGCUUCGUCAAUGACUGCGCAAAUGCAGGUGAUACCGAUCUACGCGAGCAGAGCUCUCCCUGAUCACGAGUCAUCGAUUGAUCCGACUUUGGACGCUAUGAUUUGGAUAUACAUCGCCCUCGCAGUUAGCGCUACCGCAGCUGUCUUACUCUGCGUGCAUUACUUGUUUAAAAAAUUUCGCAAACCUUCGCAAUACAUAUCUUUAGCUGACAAACGAAGUGUCCAACAUGCCUGUCGAUACACGGACAAUAACGAAGGCGUCUUUCCUUGCAGCAAGAAAAAUAGAUAUCCUCAAACGCAAUCGGGAUGCGGAUGUUCGAGCAAUUGAUACGCCAUUUAUUGUAAUAAUCAUUAUAAAACCCCGCAAUAUAUUUACGAUAUUAAAUAGUAUAUCACCGUCAACGAUCAGUGUCAUGGUUUUUUGACAAAUACUCACAGAGAGAUCUAAUCUUCCUAUUUCAUGCAACCUUUUUUUCAUUUUCUUCCGAGCUCCUCAGUUCUGUUCUUUGAGAGCCAUUUCAUUGUAUUCUUCAAGUUUGAUUUCAAAACUCAAUUCCAGUCGUCCGAAAAUACUGUCACAUGAAUCUGUGAAAAUCUGUUCCAAGGGCUUGGGAAUCGUCCGGAGACAUACAGUUUAAUAAACUGUUUCAUCAAUCGGUCGUAACUGUCUUCUCGCACACGAUAAACAGAGGGGGAAAAAAUUGAAAUUUUUGACAGUUGCGAUCUCAUUUGCCCCUCGUGUAUUUCAGGCAUCGAUCGUUUUAUUCCGUCAGAAAAUCCACUCGAGUUUUUC